CUUGGUAUGCUUGGUACAAGCAGGUACCAAUACUACCAACAAGAAAUUGUAGCAGUAGACUUUUACUAAAGUGGCUCCAAUGUUAUCAGUCCUCCCACGCAGGGUAUGGCCACCUCGUGUUUCAGCAAUGUGGACGAGUAUGGAUUUGAAAGGCCUCAAGAUUUUGACUAUGGAACGUACGAAGAUUUUAUGUCUGAAUACCUGAAGGUGCUAGCGAAGAGAGCAAAAAAAUGGGCUGACAUUACUGGAGAUGGAAAAUCGCUGGAACGUAGUAUCACUGUGAAAAGAUAUGUGCGAAAAGGAAUUCCAGGAGAGUACAGAGGAAUGGUGUGGUUGGCUGUAAGCGGAGGCGAGGACUUGAAAAACGCAAACCCAGAUCUGUACCAGAGAUUACUGAACGGGCCUCACAAUGACCAGGUUACUGAUAUUAUAAAGACUGAUCUCCCGAGGACCUUUCCUGAUAAUAUAUUUUUUAAUAACACUGUUAAUCAUCAGCACCAGCUGUAUAAUAUUUUGCUAGCAUUUGCACACCAAAAUGAGACUGUAGGUUACUGCCAGGGUCUCAAUUACAUCGCGGGAUUGCUAUUGCUUGUCACUAAGAGCGAGGAAACUGCGUUUUGGCUGCUUAAAGUAUUAAUUGAGAAGAUACUCCCGGAUUAUUACACGCCGACGAUGGACGGGCUGCUCACGGACAUUGAUGUACUAGCUGAGCUAGUUAAGCUCAAGAUACCUGAAGUUUAUGAGCAUGUUACUAAUUUAGGACUACCCUGGGCUGUUAUUACCACCAAGUGGUUUAUAUGCCUUUUUGCUGAAGUCUUACCAAUAGAGACAACUCUCAGGGUAUGGGACUGUCUUUUUUAUGAAGGCAAUAAAAUAAUAUUUCGCGUUGCUUUAACACUUAUUAAGAGGAAUAGAAGUAAUCUGGUGGCCUGUGAUGAUUUUGCGUUAUUGGCUGAUUGUUUUAAAGGGAUUACUAAAGAUAGUAUAGUGUUACAAUGUCACAAUUUUAUGCAGAGUAUUUUUAAAGUACCUGGAUCAUUACCUGGUAAUACAAUCGCAAAAUUGCGGACAAAAGUAUCUCAGGAACGAGCGAAGAACAAGAAAACAAAUUUAAAACGAUAGCAUUUAAAAUUCACACGAGUAUACACUAAUAAUUAAAUCUGGCUCUAGUCAAACCUAUCGUUUUAGUUUAAAAAAAAAAUACGUGCAAUUCUUAAAACAUUUUUUUUUAAUUAUCUAUACGUAUAUACACAAAUCAAUAUUUUGGUAACUCGUUUUAAAUGUUUCAAUGAAUUGUUAACUUUUAGACCGUUGUAUAAAUAAUUCAGUGUUCUGAUAAUAGCUUUAAAAAUUUUAUUUAAAUAUUUUACUCUUUUUUUCUCUCUAUUAAUUGUGUAAAUCGCUGGAUCGAUAAUUUUAAGUAAAUUUACUAAUAAUAAUUAUAAGAUAAUCUUGAUUUCAUUUGUGAUUUUUUUUUUCGAUUAAGUAUGUACAUUUUGUUGCCUAAUAAAUUUGUAAAAAUAAAUAACUACUUUUUUUCCAACAAAUCUUUCGCCUGGGAUAUUUUACUGGCUA